CACUGACUUCGGUCCACUGCUAGCAUAGCUGCCGUUAGUCCUCGCCGGAAUUAAGUCUUCGUCGGAGUUGAGUUGCCGGAAUCCAUGCCGUGCAAUUGAUGUUCCCUUCGUCGGAGUUCUCGUCGCCGGACGCCGCGCCGGAAACCCUAGGUCUCUCUCUGUUCCGUUUCCGUCUCCUCACUCUAUCCGGUUCAUGCGCCUGGGGCUGUGAGGUCUAAUUAAAGAUCAACAGAAGUUAACAAUGAUCUGCCAUUGUAAUUGUAGAUCUUGUCUUUCGGCUAUGUCACCGGCAAGGCUGAAUGAGGGGCAAAGUGGAGAUGGCGGCAUGGAUCUACAGCAAUAUGGAGGUGGUGACCCGGGAUGAUAGAUGCGGCGACCUGCAACGCGAGCAAUGAGGCCUUCAUGCACCAGAUCUACAGUUGAUCCACAAAGAAGUCCAAAGAGGAAUGACACAAAAGAAGAAUUGAGAGGAUGGAGAGAGAAAUUUAGAGCUCUGGAAAAUCAUCUGUGACGGAAAGCUUUGUUGGGAGAUAUUUUGUCCUCAGAGGAUCUGGGAUUGUUAGAAGACGGCCAUUGGUGCUGCAGUUGCAUUAGACUCAUGAAUGACAUGAGGAAUAUGCUGAAUUUGCUCAUUUACCAAAUAUGCCGUUGGUAAUCAAAAGAAGUUCUAGGGUUCAUGACUGGUGUGGUGAGUAAUGUUGUACGUAUUCUAGCGAGUAUAAAAGCUGGCAUUCAUUAUCCACUGCAUUUUAUUCAAUCCUCUAAGAUUAACAUGGGCUCGUGCUUUAUUCAAGGAUUGUUUGAAGACGGCCAUUGGUGCUGCAGUUUCAUAAGACUUAUGAAGGACAUGAGGAAUAUGCUGAAUUUGCUCAUUUUCCAUAAAGGAGAUUCACAGAUUCAUCAAGUACCUGCACUCCAUCAAAUCAAAAUGAUUGCUGCUUGGGGCAUAAUAAUUGGAGCGGUCCUCACCUGCGGUGCAGUAACCCUCCUCCUCCUCCGACGGCGGUGUUACUGGAAGGAGCUGAUGAACCUGAACUAUAGAGAUGUCGCCAUCUCCGCUGCCGUCUCUGCCACAGCUUCUGUUAGAGAUAAGUAGAUAAGAAUGCAUAGUUUGAAUAGUUGUUACGUAGCUUGUGUGUUUAUCCCUUGUUUAUAGCAUUAGACUUGUUCUCUUCCACUUGUAUAGGUUGUUCUCCUAGUUUGUAGGCUUAGUUACAUGCCAUGUACGUGUAUAAAUAUCCUCAUCACAUGAAUACUACUGCAACUCAAUUAUUCACAAAUACUCCGUUCGUAUAUGGUAUCAGAGCCCCUUCUUUAAACAGAUUUUUUUUUUUGAGGACAUAUUUGUGCGUCUCUCAUCUCCAGUAAGUCUUCAUGACUACUUCCGGAUCUGGCUCCGUGGACUCUGGUUCGUCGUCUCUGGCGGACCUCAUCCGCAUGUCUGCCUCCAAGCAUUUUCCCAUCAAAUUAACCAAGACCAAUUAU